UGUGCUUUGUCGUAUAUCACAUGAGUUUGUCCAUUUUCCCACUAACUUUAUUUGUAUUUUUUUAUUAUCUGAUAUGCUAGAUUUGUGUGGGGGCCAUUUUACUGUGGCAAUGCACCAUGGAGGAAAUUUCUUCACUCCAUUUGGCAACAAAAGGUAUCAUGGAGCUAACAACACGUACUCAGUUUUCAAGAACAACAAGGUCAACUUUCUACAGAGCAAAGAAUUGUGCAAAAGUGAUGUUAGAAGGAACUAUAAGGGAACAAUAUGCCAUACUGGAAGAUUAUUGCAAGCAACUGUUAGAGACAAAUCCUGGGAGCACAUCAAUAUUGAAAACCAGAAUGCAGGAUGGAAAGAGGUUAUUUGAAAGGGUGUAUAUAUGUCUUAAAGCUUGUAAAGAUGGAUUCCUCAAUGGUUGUAGGCCCCUUAUCUGCUUGGAUGGUUGUUUUUUAAAAGGAUAUUGCAAAGGAAUGUUAUUAGCUGCAAUUGGCAUUGAUGCAGCAAAUGCCAUGUUUCCAGUGGCUUAUGCUGUAGUGGAGAAGGAGUACACAGGUAGCUGGACAUGGUUUUUAAAUUUAUUGAAGGAGGAUUUGAAGAUUGAUGAACCAGAGAGAUUAACAAUGAUUUCAGAUAGGCAAAAGGGCUUAGAAAAGGCAUUAAGUACUGUAUUUCAAGGUUCGGAAGUGAGAUUCUGUGUGAGACAUAUGCAUGCCAAUUUCAAGAAGCAAUUCCCUGGACUCUUACUUAAGCAAAUGAUGUGGACCGCUGCAAGGGCAACAACUAAAGUGGAAUGGAAAAAUAGGAUGAAUGAAAUUAAGCAAGAGAAUUUCAAGGCGUAUGAAUGGCUGAUGAAAAAAAACCCAGAAGAAUGGACCAAGUCUCAUUUCAGGGAGCAUGUGAAAUGUGACAAUCUUAUUAAUAACCUCUGUGAAAGUUUCAACAAUGCCAUUCUUGAUGCCAGAGAUAAAUCUAUUAUCACUCUGCUAGAAAAUAUUAGGCAUUGGAUGAUGAGUUUGUUCUACAAUAGAAGAAUGAGUGUCUCUAAGUGGGUGCAUCCUGUUUCCAAAAGAAUUAUGGACAUCAUUGAGAAAAGCAAGAAUGUUGCUAAGCAUUGUUUCUGUUGA